AUGGAGCAGUUCAACUGUUCCUCAUCAGACUUCCUCCACCAAAACUCUGCCUCAGCCUGGUGCCUGAAUGCAGAUGAGAGGAACUGUAGAGACUGGAACAUCAGCGCCGAAGACCUGCCGGACCUUUGUCUAAGCCGCAACGAGUACCUCGAGAAGUACAUGGGUCCCCGUCGCUCUCCACUCUUCCUGCCUGUGUGUGUCGCUUACCUGAUCAUCUUUAUGGUGGGCACCCUGGGGAAUGUGCUCACCUGCACUGUCAUCGCCCGCUACAGGAUCAUGCAGACACCGACCAAUUACUACCUCUUCAGCCUGGCAGUGUCUGACCUGCUGGUGCUGCUGCUGGGCAUGCCCUUGGAGAUCUACGAGAUGUGGAAGAACUACCCUUUCCUCCUGGGCCUGGGAGGCUGUUAUCUCAAGACGUUCCUCUUUGAGACAGUGUGCUUCGCUUCUGUGCUCAACGUGACCGCCCUCAGCGCUGAGAGAUAUGUGGCAGUGGUGCAUCCCCUGCACGUCAAGCACAUUGCCACCAGGACCCACGCGAAGCGGGUCAUUUUAGCACUGUGGGUACUUUCCAUGAUCUGCGCCAUGCCCAACACAAGUCUCCAUGGUAUGAUGUACCUCUCCCCCAAGUUCGGUCAGCAGUUCCCUGAGUCAGCCAUCUGUGGGGUGGUCAAGCCCACCUGGAUCUACAACCUGUUGGUCCAGGUGACUGCACUUGUGUUUUUCCUGCUGCCCAUGAUGACUAUGGGUGUGCUGUACCUGCUGAUUGGUCUGCAGCUUUACAGGGAGAAGGCGCUCAUACAGCAGGUGAUAGAGGUGAACAUUGAGACAAGCCUGGGCAAGGACAGUCACCAGAGCACUCGGAAAAACGGACGUCAUCGACAAGUCAUCAAAAUGCUCUGUGUGCUGGUGCUGGUGUUUGCCAUAUGUUGGGCCCCGUUUCACAUCGACCGUGUAGUGUGGAGUUACAUAGACAACUGGACAGAGGAGAGACACAUGAUUUUCCAAUGGGUCCACAUCCUCUCCGGAGUCUUCUUCUACCUGAGCUCAGCAGUGAACCCCAUCCUCUACAACCUCAUGUCCACCCGUUUCAGGGAGAUGUUCAAGGAAGUGAUGUGUCAGCCCAUGUGCCGCCGGCAGGCCAGCACUCAGGUCACCUCCAGGAGUACAGUCUGUGAGAAAGGUGUCUGCCUUGGCCCGUCAGUUAAACAGAGAUCAUCCACCUCAUCAUUACCCGUCCUAUAACGGACAAGCUGGCGCAAUCUAAAUACCUUUUAAUAGUGCUGAUAUGGCACUGAUAUUACUAAUAUUACUUUGUAACAGUCAUAAUAUUGCUGGCAUUAGCUAUGUUUGCAUGAAUUUAUCCUUGAAAGAAGACUGAGUGAUACAAUGUUGAGCUGUGAGGAGAAAUGGAAUUAGCAAGGAACCCAUCCUUCAGUUAAAUAUGUUAUGACCUGUUAAAACCCGUGUUUCAUUUGACUUAUGUU